CAUUUCAUAUUCAAGGUGCGUCUUCCUGCAACAGGUGUCUGAGUUACCGCAUCCACAACUCACGAGUUUCAGGACCGAUUUUUUGGGUUGUUUACGCUUUAAAAACUAUUUUUAAAGAAAAUUUUCUGACAUUUGGGUUCCUUUGGUGAAUUUAAUCCGUUCAAAGUCGGUGGAUUACGGAAACUGCUCUCAUUUUUUCAGAACAACUAGAGGUCUUUGCGGAAUUCUAUCUUCCCAAUUUUGUGAUAUAGUUGCAAACUUCAAGCUUCGAGAAAAUGGCAAAUAAAGGAAUGCAGCUUCUGGGGUUUGCUCUGUCGAUUCUCGGUUUGAUGGGGCUGAUUGUUGGCACAAUCUUACCCCAAUGGAAGAUGUCUGCCUACGUUGGAGAUAACAUAAUCACAGCAAUCGCGAUGUAUCAAGGCCUUUGGAUGUCGUGCGCUUCUCAGAGCACCGGGCAAAUCCAGUGCAAGGUGUAUGACUCCAUCCUACAACUCGAUGGUGCUCUCCAGGCAACUCGUGCUCUGAUGAUUGUAUCGAUCCUUGCCACCGUAAUGGGUCUGGGUGUGGCCAGCAUGGGCAUGAAGUGCACAAACUGUGGUGGUGAUGACAAGGUCAAAAAGUCUCGCAUUGCCAUGACAGGCGGUAUAAUCCUCAUAGUUGGAGCUCUCAGUAGCAUCGUUGCCUGUGGCUGGUUUACAAAUCAAAUUGUUAAGGACUUCUACAACCCUUUCACACCUGUCAAUACCAAGUACGAGUUUGGUGCAGCCAUUUUCAUUGCCUGGGCAGGCGCUUUCCUGGACAUAAUGGGAGGAGUCAUGUUGGCUUCAUCUUGCCCAAAGGGUAAACCAUCUCCCAAGUAUCCCAAGUCCUCCAGACCACCAAGCAGCAGCAAGGAGUACGUUUGAGUCACACCCAUUGUUCACAAGCAGGAGAAGACCUUAAAGAAUUGCAGAGUCCUGGUAGAAGUUUCCCUGGCUAACUGACCUGAGAACUGUUUAGAUUUGUUUUUCUUUUAUUGUGAUUGAAAGUAGGCUUAGGAUAGGACAAACAAGUCAGAUCAAUGUUCUAGGGCAACUUUUACUGACGCUCCAAUGGAGCAUCCCACCUCAGAUAAGAGGUCACUACUAUCCUUUGAUGUAAAGCACCAUUUUAGUCUUUUAAAGUGUCUAUUACAAAUGAUGUUACUGAUGUGAGUUUGGAAAGAGGGGUCUUUCCCCAGUGUGUUCCUCAUUUCAUAAUACUGCCAUGUUUAGUGAACAUGAUGGAAGCAAUGCUCAGGGAAAAUAAAUACUCAUACCCCUUAAUUACAGUGCGUAUCUGCUUCCUGCUGUAAGGUCAUGUCCUAAUCUUCACUGCUUUGCUUGCUGUGCAUCUUUGGAGUCAUUAUUUGUGCCAGACGGUAGGCUACACGAAAAUAACUAUUUAAAUGUAUUUUUUUUUUUUUUUUUUUAAAUGUCAGAGUACCAAAGCACAAACAGGUGAGCUCUUGCUCUUAGUCAUGCAAAUGUCUAGUUAAUUUGCUACAGGAUUUCAGUUUCCACUAAAACUUGCCUCUAAAACUUCUCUAUUCAAACAAUACUUCAUUUAAACAAAUCAACAUCCUCUGUGGGAAGCUCCGCUCAUGAUAACAACUGUUAUUGCAAACCAAUUAUUAAAAGCAAAAGGCAGCUCAUUUGUUCCUGUUGCCAGAGAGUUAAACUUUAUCAUGCUGUAAUACCAACAUCAGGGAGAAUGAAAAAUAAAUGCAAAUUACUGUUAUAAGAGUUGCCUGACAAAUUAAAUGUUUUGCUACGACUAGAAAUACUCCCAUCAAAGCACUAAACUGUUCACAUUUUACAUGAGAUUCAAGGACUAGUCAGUUUCUUUUACUGACAACAUGAUCAAUGCUUUUUCACUUGUACUUUGUCAUGAGCAAUGUGCUUUACUUUUAUAUCAACUGUUUUUAAACCAAAUGAAUGGCUCUUAUUUUUUGUAAAGUUGAACUUUUUCAGUGUCUUGUUCUCAAGUGUCGGCCUCAUUGUGUAUAUUUAUGAAGCAAGUUCCAAAUGUUUUCAAAGUGCUUCUUAUUUCAUACAGGAGAAAAAAGGCUGUAGAUAUGAGCUUUGUUUUUAUCAUAGCUGGUUACAAACCAGGAGUCAUGUGGGUGAAGUGUUGUUUUUUUUCUUUUUUUUUUCCAUUCAAUUAUUUAGACCAGCAUUGGAAAAAAAAAAAACUGAUCCUACAUUAUUUGACCCUGGUCAUGCUUCUUCCUCCUUUUUUAAACUUUUUUUUUUAAUCAAUUUUACUUCAUGUUUUAAUUGCUUGAGGUGGGUUGCCUCUGUCUACCUAGAAUAGUCAUAUUAUUUUGUGACCAGACUAUGCAAAUAUUUAACUUUUUGUCUGUUCAAGUUUGCAAAUUAACAAUAUUAUGUAAAUAAAGUGUUUGUUUUUUUUAAAUGAGA